UCAUCAUUACUUUUCAAAUGUUGUAAUCUAAGACUCAACUGUAACGAGGAACUUUUCCCUCACUGAAGAAGAAUUAGCCGAAAUAAAAAUGAUCAGAGUCUUUAAUUGAUGUAUGAACAAGGUGAAUCAGGCAGCUUUUAGACUCACAUUUCAAAAUGCAUCAAAACAGUCCAGUAACAUUUGAAGGAUUGUAUGAUUCCCAUCCCUGAAGGAAAUAAAGCAGAUUGUCUUUGCAUGAGUUAUUCUAACAUCAGAGUUUCUAUUUCAGAAAUGCUUGUAUCAAUUUUCAUUCUGUCUUUGGCAGUUAUGGUGCAGCAAUCUCUAGAACAGGGUAGAAUGAGUAAGAUAUCUGCAAAGAAACAAGAGGAAAUUCUUGAUAAACACAAUACCAUCAGGAGAGAGGUUUGGCCAACUGCCAGCAACAUGAUGAAAAUGACAUGGAGUGAGAAAGCCAGUGAGAGUGCCAAAAAAAGGGCUGCAAAAUGUAUGCCAAAAGUCAGUCCCAGAGCUGAGCGAACUGUGAAUGGUACUAUCUGUGGUGAGAAUGUACUGCAAUCAGCAUCUUCCUACCCUUGGUCAGAUGUAAUCCAAGUGUGGCAAAAAAAAGUAUCCAACUUCCAGUAUGGUCUUGGAGCAAUUGACCCUAAGAAAGAUAUAUAUAGUUAUACUCAGCUCAUUUGGCAUCAUACACAUGAGAUUGGAUGUGGACUUGCCUACUGUGACUCAAGCAGCCCUGCCACGUUCCUCUAUGUCUGCCAGUACUGCCCUAGGGGGAAUUUGGUAAAAGAAAUUGAAAUGCCAUACAUAGAAGGCCCACCGUGUGGAGACUGUCCUUAUAACUGUGAGGAUAAACUUUGCACCAACCCAUGCCAAUAUGUGGAUCAGCAGGCAGACUGUGAAUCUCUUAUUGACUUGUUCUCAUGUGAUGUGCCAGAAUUUGCAGAACUGUGCAAAGCCACCUGUAAAUGCAAGACAGAAGAGAUGUAGAUCCGCAUGAUAAGAUCCAGCUUGAAACUGCUGUUCUCAUUAGACAGGGCAGAAGUACAAAUGAGAGGCAAUACUCAAAAUUUUUCCUUGGUUGACAUAUGAAAAUGCUCUGCAAACCCCCCAAAGAAAUAUUUUCAAAAUUCCCAAGUCUCCAAAGAGAUGUACAGGAAAUAAUCUGUCCCUGCAUUGUCUUUCUUCCUUCAUUGAGUUGGGUGUUAUCUUUAAUGACUGUCUAUUUUAACCCACUGCAGUGAAGAAAUCCACCAAAAAAAAAAACAUCUCUGGGAGAUGGUCUUCUAAUCUCUGUUUAAAGCUCUCCAAUGAAGGAGCGGUUAUUGCCUAUUCCAUGUUAUGAAAUAUUUUGAACACUUCAAUGUUAAACAUUUACAUUUUGCAAAUUGCUCACUGUUUCUUCCUCUCCAUCCACAAUACAAUUAUCUUACAUUUCAGUUCUGGCAAAAUAGUAAUGGAUGUUUUAUUCUCAACUAUAGUAAUGCCAAGUUUCCUCCUUCAGUUGUCUUUUAACUUGAAAACUGUUUCCAGUAGUUUAUGAUGGUUAUUUUUUGUAUCCCUAAGCAUACCACUCCUCUUCUCUGGAAAACAGCAAGUGGCUAUAAUAAAUUUUAACAUACAAUUAA